AAGCAUGAACCAAAUAACAUAUGGUCUUGAAAGCUGCUCAGCUGGACAAUAUUUUAACUUAAUUAUCAUUUUGAUUCCCUGAUCAUAUGUCUGUGCUUUUUAUUCCUCAUGGAUCUCUCCGUGCUUGCCUUCGCAUUUCCACUCCUGACUUUUUUUCGUUUUAGUUUGGUCUUCGCAGAGGAGCAUAAUGAAGGUCGGCCUCAGUUGAUUGGUUCCUCUGAGCCAAUCAGUGCUCCUCUGGGUGGUGAUGUCCUCCUGCCGUGUGUAGUGCAGCCUGAGAUCAACAUGGAGAAUCUGACGGUGAUGUGGUGGAGGCCCGAUAUCCCUGUUGACCCAAACAGGUACGUUCACCUGCACCAUGAAAACCAGCAUCAGGAGGACCUGACGAUGCCGUCGUACGUUGGGAGGACGGAGAUGUUCGCAGACGGCCUGAAACGCGGGAACCUUUCCCUCCAGAUCAGAAACCUGAAGCUCUCUGAUGGCGGGACAUACAGAUGUAUCAUCCCAAUGCUGGGGAUUGCCUCCACCAUAAUGCUGGUAGUCUUUGAACCAAUCUCUGAUGACACUUUGACGACCACACAGUUUCAGGGAAAUCUCCAAACUCCAGAUCCAAAACAAGAGACUGAGGUCAAAGUUGGUCGGCACAAUUGGAGGUCGUGGUCGUGGUUCUGUCAAUCUGCGCCUUGUUGGUCCUGGCUGUUGUAUUUGGUGGAUGUUUCCUGAAACACAAGUGUCAGAGACCACAUCCGCCGGACUGCAGCGUCCCAGAAACCAAACCACCUCUUUCCCCCCCUGCUCAAUAUGUGGGGAUAAGAGCAUCAGAUGUGGGAUACAGACCUGCAGCACGUCAGGACACAAGUGGACCGACCGGGGAAACAACAUCUUGAAACGCAAAGCAUUACUGAAAGGACCCGUGUCGACUUUAUCUUUUUCUACUUGUUCCAGAUGAGGGCCGAGCGUAUUGGGCCAAUAACACGUCUUUACCUGGCUCCAAAAUGGUGGGUUGAGCUCCUCUUCAAUAUCAGGACAGCAGAAAGUAGCCCAAAACAAAAACAACUGGCACAAACAGAUAGUGAAAACAAAGCGGCAAUGCUAUAGGAGUAACGGUACGUCCACACCGCAGCGUUGCGUGCUUCAACGGAGACGCGUCCCAUUCACUUUGAAUGGGGUGACGU